AUGGCCAGGCCACUGUGGACAUUGUGUAGGCAACACUCCGCACUUCGCCAAGCGACUUUUCUUCUCAUUGCUCUUCUCUUGGCUGUUUUUGGUUAUGGCUACUGGCACCAAAAGAGCCAGAUUCACAAACGCGAGCUAAUCACGACGGGCAUGGCUUCUACAGGAAAGUAUAGGCAGCGAGAUAAACAACUAUCAAAACUGAUAUACCCCCAGCCAAGUGUGCUCAGACCCGCUAGGAGGGGUGUCCCUGUGCUGACCAGCUGGCUUGCCCCGAUUGUGUGGGAUGAGACUUUCAAUAUCGACAUCUUAAACAAGCAGUUCCAACUCCAGAAUGCCACCAUCGGAUUGAGUGUGUUUGCUUUAAAAAACUACACGGUAUACCUGGAGCAGUUCCUGAGGUCUGCAGACACAUUCUUCAUGGUGGAACACAGGGUGAACUACUACGUCUUCACUGAUCAGCCUCACACAGUUCCUCACAGCUCCCUCCGAAAUGGAAGAAAAGUGAUCACCUUCCAGAUCCCGAGUUUUGAGCGCCCACAGGACAACGCCAUGCAGCGUAUGGAGGUUAUCAGCGUCUAUUCCAAGCAGCGUCUUCAUGAGGAGGUGGCUUAUUUUGUGUGUUCUGAUGUGGACGUCACCUUCCAGCAUGCCGUGGGCGUGGAGAUUCUCUCUCCUUUGUUCGCCACCCUCCAUUUGAGCUUCUACAGGGUCAUUCGGGAUGCUUUCCGCUACGAACGCCGGCCUAAGUCACAAGCUUACAUCCCAAAGGAUGAGGGCGACUUUUAUUACACAGGGUCCUUGUUUGGGGGAUCAGUGGCAGAGAUACAGAGGCUCACUGCAGCCUGUCACCAGAUGAUUGAAACAGAUAAGUCCAACAACAUUGAGGCCCUGUGGCUCGACGAGAGUUACCUGAACAAGUACCUGCUUUACCACAAACCCACCAAGAUCCUUUCUUUAGAGUACAUGUUCAAUAGCAAGUUAGCUUAUGAGAGGUGGGCGAGCGAUCACCUCGAUUUGUUCAGUCUCAUCAGGGUUGCCAAAAUCUUGGAGUUGCCAAAACAAUGA